CGACGAAAUCGGUGCUGCACGCACGCUAGAAUGUCGCCGAGAAACGCCAUUUUGUGAUCGCGCUGUUGGGACGUAAACAUCGGAGACUAACACACUGUAACACACCUGACGCAGAUUCGGCGCAAGGUGUAUCGCUGUCGACGAAUCGCUGCCUAGACGGCUUUUUCGUAGUCCAUCUCGACGUCGUUUCCGCUCCUUCUACAGCCAGUCGUCGCGGCACCCCGCGCGCGCGCGACAUCGUCGCCCUGUGUGUCUGCUGGCUGACGCAGCAGGCUGACGUUUCGCGCCAAAUCCUUUCGAGACCGCUGCCAUACAUAUACACACACACACACACACGCGCGCGCGCGCGCACACACACACACGCACACACCUGGCCUGGCCCCCGUACUCUGUCGCGCUACGAGAAACAGCUGUCGCGUUGUGUCGCCGAUCGUGCAACGAUAUCUUUUACCUUUACCUCCGUCGACCGAGGCAGCGACGAGAUCGCGACGCGAUCGAUCGGCGACCGAAACCGAUACAGCCGCGUCGUGUCGCACACCGCGCCGUGCCGUACCGUACCGUGCCGCCCGUGCUCCGAUUUCACGCGAGUGUUACGUAUCUCUUGUUUACGAAUGAGAGAUGCGUCAUUAGAAAUGGCCACAAAAUCUUGAGGCGCUCGACGAUUAAUGACGUGAUUUCAUCGUGCUUGAUCGUUGCUAGUCUUAAGGGGGACUCGAACCUUUUUCUCUCCUGUUUUCAAUUUUCAUCGAGUUGCAAAAUUAUGCAUUUCGAAUCAACUUGACGUAAAGUUUGAGUUACAUAAAAACAAAAUCCCUUAAUAACAUUCUAUAGCAAAGAAUUAUUCCUAGCCAUUUUUAUUACUCUUUAUAGCAAUCGCAAAUAAAAGUGUCACACCUGUGUGCUAGUGGUUUAAACGCAAGUAAAACUUGCAUAUACUUUGUGAUGAGAAUGGUCGUGACUAUUGUUCACAAGUGAAUAUUUUAUCGACUCAGAUUUGAAGAUAUGCUUUUUGUUAUUGCAAAGAAGCUUGAUGAGUGCACACAAGUUUAAGGAAUGGUAUUCUACUCGAUUCAGCUGGAUGUCAGAUAAGCUGAAAAAUGUCUGGUGAUGCAGGAUGGAACGCCGUUAUUCACCAUCCUUCCGACUUACAAUUACAGAAUUGGAAUUGGGAAGAAAAUGAUGGGGAGCAAGAGAAAGAGCUCCCUUCGACCGUUGAUAUGGAUGCCAUAAAAGGUGGCGGUAGUUGGGAUCCUGCUACUGAACCUAAUGGAACAGACUCGGUCGAUUCCGAAGAAGACUCCGAUUCCGACGACGAAAGCUCUGGUGGAAGCGAAGGCAGUUGCUCUUAUUCGGAUUCUAAUUCAGAGUCAGACGACGAAAGUAGCGGUGACGAAGAAGAGGAUAGUGGCUCUAAUUCGGACUGUUCGUCUGAACAUAGUGAACAAACAUUUUCUAUUCAAGAAACUAAUUUUGAACAAGGUGCAUUAAAGUUAAAAAUCACCAUGAAGGGUCCAAAAAAGGAAGACUCUGAGAAAGUUAAGUGCGAAAAAAGUAAGAAAACUGUUACAAAAAAGCCCAAGACCAAUCAUGGAAAUAAGUCCUCAGAAUGUAGUAGCGAAGAUUCGGACUCAUCUGUGGGCCAUGUGGCGUCGCAACAAGCGCAGCAGCAUCAACAUCAUCACGCGCCGCUACAAGAAAUCAAUCAGGAAGAUUUAACGACCAUCUUAACCCCUCAAGAACAAGAGGACGCGCCGUUUGACGGAUUCGAGGAUUCGGAGAGUGGUCGACUGGUAUCUAAGGCGAUUGAGCGCAUGUCGCUCGGUGCGGACUCGGACACGAGCGAAAACGGCGAUCAGAAUCCCGUACCUGUGUACAGCUCCACCUUGUUGCAGCAGUUUGUCGAAAAGACUGCUAUGCUAUCGGAGCCACGUAAGAGGCGCAGCAAAUGCGGCAAAAAGUUAAACAAUGACAACGAGUAUCCUUGCGUGUCAAACGUGUCGCCCGACUCUGGCAUUCAAUCGGUAGACAAUAGUCCGCUACACUUGGCGAUCAGUCCCGUCAGUCCUGCUGCGCCAAUCCAAUCUCCGAACCAACCGCCGAUCUCUACUAGACCGGCGGUAAACGUCGAUCGAGUUUUGUAUCCUCCGAAAAGGAAACCCGGUAGACCAGCGAAAACAGUGUCCACGCAACCACGCGGACCCGGCAGGCCGCGUUUAAAGCCGGAAAUCGUCGAGAAGAUCCAAAAGAUCGAGAAGGCGGAGAAAGAGAGAAACGAGUCUUUGAAAAAUCUAAAGAAUCCCAAUUCUCGAUUAACGGAAAAGAAGGAAGGUGCAAAGGAAUCGACUGUAAAAAGUACGAAGGAGGACGCAUCUUCGAUUAAGAAACGAGGUAACCCAAAGUUCAUUGCGUCGAGAGACUUAAAAGAGGACGCAUCUCUUGUGAAUAAAAGAAUAAAGGGUAAAACGACGACGUAUCGAAAGAAGCGUUAUGCCAAUUCGAUGAAAUCUUCGCAGGAGAAGACGAUGGUCAAGAAGACUCCGGGAACGAGUUCCCCGAUGCGAGUAAAGUGCCUAAGCAGAUCGACCGCGAGCAAACUUGUGCCACAGUGCGAUGGCAGAAGCUGUCGAAAAGUCAGGCAGGAUAAAACAUGCGUGUCUAGUAAGACGACGGUACCGUUGACACGACAGAAACAAAUGGCCUGCGAACAUCAGGUUACCAACAGCCAAAAGUUAUUAAGCACCACCAGUAAGAGAACUGGUUCAAAGGAGAACAGGAGUAACGCGGCCGGAGUCGUAUCGAAAAAGCUAACGAGGAAAGUAGCGCCUCCGGCCACUAGGCGUGUUCUCAAGGAGAAUAAAUGCAACAAGAAAACUAUCGCGGCGAGUUUUGAGACUAACGGCGUGGGUGUACAGACAUUGAUAUCGUUGCCGGUCGGUGACAUAUUAAAGGCAGAAAAUACGGAGCGGGCUUCCAACAAGUGCGCCGACAAGACGACGCAGCCGACUCAGCACAAUCAUUGUCACAAACAACAACAACAACAACAACAACAUCAUCAUCGCCAUCAUUAUCAUCAUCAUCAUCAUCAUCAUCAUCAUCAUCAUCAUCACAAACAUCGUCGGAGACUGCUCGCGCCGCCAAAGAAUCCCAUUCGCAUCGAUCCAUGCAUCAUUCAGGAACUCGAGAAAUUGAACGAGGAAUUUACGAGGUUGUGCAGUCUGGGUAAAAACAACAGUAGCGUUAAUCAUUCCGAGUUACCGCAAAUCUUCCGUGUAAAGAAACUCACGAAAAAGAGAAAGGGCGGCGAUAUCGGUACGAAUGACGAUCAGAAACUGAAGCGGCGCUUGAAAAAGGAAAAAGUACUGACGGGCACUGACUCAAAGAGCAGCGCCAACACCAGCACGAGUUCCAAUCCGAACGAACAGCGAUUACCGUUGAAGAAACGCCACUAUCACGUGUCGAGUCCGCACAGUUCGCAAAGCUCGAGUUGCACAGAUGCAAAUGCGAACGAGUCCAAUUCUACGGAAAGCCACAUAGAGGAAGCGAUCGAGGCUACCAUUACGAGAUAUGGUGGCGGCAGCUCGACAUCCCCUAUUCACGACGAGGAGGCCAUGCCGAUGACACCGAAAAAAAGGCCGAGAGAUGCCGAGACCGUGACGUCCGAGAAACAGGGUAACGAUGAAGAUAAAUCCACUAAUCAAGUAGAGAUUCAACCACGCCGGAAGAAAAAGAUUGUAAGGGAUCUUCGCGUCACCGUCACAAAAUUGUCAUCCGAAAGUCACAGCUUUCUCGACAAGAAUGACAAGGAGAAAUUCACGGAUAAGAGUGCCAAGAUCCCCACGGAGAAAUCUGCUAAAUCGGAAAAGACAAUCGUGUCGGACAAGUCGACUAAGGCCGAUAAAGCGCAAUCGAAUGACAAAAUGAGUAUUGAACACGUUCGUACAGAAAAGAAUAUAAAAGUCGACUCGGAAACGCGUGUGUUCGACGACGGUGAAGCUGCGAUCGAGAGCAAGCUGGAGCAGAUCGGUAAUUCGAACGUGCCAAAUCUUGUGAACAAUACCGCGGCGAUAGUAAUCACGAAGAAGAAAAUACGAAGACGGAAAGCCAUCAAUCGCACGGGCUUUCCUACUUUGAAGAAAAAGAAGAAAAAGCAGCAGCACCUUGUAGAUUCUUCCAAAGUAGCCAAAUCAACGGUACUGGUUAGCUCUAACGAGGUGCGUAAGGAUCAGGACACGGUCGAAGAAGCGGAAGACAACAAAGCGUCCUUAUUGGAAAGUAAAGCUCAAAACAAGGACGUUAUGGACAACAACGAUAGUACGAGUCAUGCUAAAAAUGACACAAAGAAUUUCGACAACUCUAAUACGAUGCAAGAGACUGGAAGUCGAAGUGGUAAUUCCGAUGAGGUAAUCGACCCCUGUCCCGGUCAGCUGCGAGUUCGCAAAGAUCUCGUGGAAUCCGACAGCAGCGUACUGUCCGAGAAGCUAUAUCCAAGUCCAAUCAAGUAUGAGAAAAUACCAGACUGUCGAAUCUACGACGAGAAUGCGUCGCUGGAGGAAUCUCUCGAACGUUACAAUCAGAGCCAACGUAUCGCGGAGCUAAAUGAGGAGAACCUGAGGAAAUUGGAACGCGCCAACGCUCAGGUUGCAAAUGUCAAGAUGGAAUUAUCCGGUUGUUUUAACAAUAAUCACAAAAGAAGAAGAGGCUCGACCAGUCCUUCCAAUCUGUAUGGGAGAAGCGCAAAGAGAUUGAGGAGCGCGGGCUAUGAUACGGAGAGCGAAGCGCCGCCCAGCAGCGACGUGGCCAGCGAGGAUCAAGAGGUCAGCAGGAAACCCUCGGGUCCCGUUCAUAAUCGAAAAAAACAGUCGAGAUGGAAGAAGCGAUAUUUGCAAGCCAGCGCCAUAUUCUCCGAGUACAAAAGAGAUCUCGAAUCUAAAAAGCUCGCUGGUGUUGACGCCAAACGAAAAAUUAUUGUUUGCACCAAUUCAGACGAACAUUAUACUGCGGAACAAUUACCAAAUAUUAUACCAACUGGAAAACUCUUGCGACAAAGGAAAACGCCGUUUCAACUGCAGUACGAUUUAUUGUGGCUGCACGCUCAAUCAAGAUUACCUGGACGAGAUUUGGUGCCAUCGUGGAAUUACAAAAAAAUUCGAACAAACAUUUAUUAUGACGUUAAACCAACCACUCUCUACGAAGCACAAGCAUGUGAGUGCAAACCAGAAAGCGGCUGUGGUGACGAUUGUAUCAAUCGCAUGGUAUUCAGCGAAUGCUCGCCACAACUGUGUCCCUGUAGUGACAAAUGCGAAAAUCAAAAGAUUCAAAAGCACGAGUGGUCGCCAGGAUUACAAAGAUUCAUGACGGAGGACAAAGGAUGGGGGGUAAGAACGCAACAAGCUAUCAAAUCCGGGGAUUUUAUUCUCGAGUACGUGGGUGAAGUCGUGUCAGAAAGGGAGUUCAAGUCGAGAAUGGCGACCAGAUACGCCAACGAUACGCAUCACUACUGUUUACAUCUGGAUGGUGGCCUAGUAAUCGAUGGUCAUCGCAUGGGAGGUGACGGGAGAUUUGUGAAUCAUUCGUGUGAGCCUAAUUGCGAGAUGCAAAAAUGGAGCGUUCUCGGGCUACCACGUAUGGCGCUAUUCGCGUCGAGAGACAUUAAGCCGGGAGAAGAAUUAACGUACGAUUACAACUUUGCACUUUUCAAUCCAUCGGAAGGACAACAAUGUAGAUGUGGUAGUAAUGUCUGUAGAGGGGUUAUAGGUGGGAAGAGUCAGAGGGUAGCUCGAAGCAUCCCCUCUUUGCCAUCGCAAAUGGAGCCUAUCGAAAGAAGAUCGGUGGGCAGACCACGGAAAAACAUUCGUAAAUCGAACGCGGUACAAUCGGUCAACUCCAAGAACAUUUGCAAGUCUCGCAAAGUAGGAGAUCCGACCUUAACGCACAACACGCCGCAAUUGAAACCGAUGUCUUAUCAGCAGCGUUGUUUUGCACGUGAACAUCACUGUUUCUUAUUGAGAAAUUUGGAAAAAGUGCGACGACUGAAAUCGGCGUCGGUACAGCAAAUUCAAGUACAGAACGGAAAAACGAAAUCCGGUAACGCAAGCGUAGCGAAGGAAAAGAAUUCGGGAGAUUCGAAAGCGCAAUCUGAUGCAUUUUUCUCUCAAUUGACUGCACUGACAAACACCAACGCACGUACUGUACGAACGCGUAGACUCGCACAAGCGCAGGACGACCCACAGGUACAUAAGACUGCAAAACUAGCCAAGGUAUUAAAGGAUUUGUAUACAAUUGUUACAACGGCAAAUGAUGAAAACGGUCAGCUGUUGUGUAUUCCUUUCAUGACUUUGCCUCCUAAAAGGAAAUUAUCCGAUUACUAUGAGAAGAUUGUAGAACCCAUCGAUAUGAUUACGAUAGAUCAGUGUAUUGGUACUGGUCAUUACAAGACUGCGGAACAUUUUGAUCAGGAUAUGAUAAGACUUUUCGACAACAAUGUGAGAUUCUUUGGUAGAACGUCCGAGAUAGGAAUCGCUGCGGCGAGACUACGAAAAUUGUACUUGGGAAGUAAACCUGAUUUUGUGGAUGCUAUAACGGAGGCGACAGGCACUCCGCCGUCUCAAGGUUUUUUACCACCUCGUGGAUCCACGGCUGGAGAAGAGGAUGUGAUCAGAUGCAUUUGUGGACUACACAGAGAUGAAGGUUUAAUGAUCCAAUGUGAACGCUGUCUCGUUUGGCAACAUUGUGACUGUGUUAAAGCAGACACGAGUGUCGAAUCUUAUCUAUGUGAAAGAUGUCAACCUCGUGAGGUUGAUUUGGAAAUUCCACUAGAAGGUGAGGAGGAGGAAGAAGGCAAGAAACAUUAUGUGACGCUGAUGCGAGGCGAUCUACAACUUCGGCAAGGUGACACGGUAUACGUUUUAAGGGACACGCCUGACAAACACACGUAUAAAACUAUCCAGAAGCCUGAUUAUGAGCAAAUGGAUAUUUUCAGAAUCGAACGUCUGUGGAAGAAUAACGAAGGCGAGAGGUUUGUGUUUGGACAUCAUUAUCUCAGGCCUCACGAAACAUAUCAUGAGCCAACGCGAAAGUUCUAUGUAAACGAAGUUGUAUGCGCUCCAUUAUAUGAAGCUGUCCCUUGCGAUCUCGUGGCCGAGCGAUGUUGGGUAUUGGAUCCUCAUACUUUCUGUAAAGGACGUCCCGUUGGCUCUACUCCUGAACAUACUUACGUAUGCGAAUAUCGUGUUGAUCGCGCGGCACGACUUUUUACGAGAGUGGCUAGAGCUAGACACACUGUAUGCACGAAACCUUACGCAUUUGAAACCUUCCCACAACGCAUAAAACAUUAUCGCACCUAUUUGCCUCAUAGUCUCGAUGGAAUCAAGAUAUCUAAAGACAAGAAGAAAAAUAGCAAUCAGGAAACGGAAGGGAAUCAAAAGUUGGAAUCCAAUGAUAAUGUAAAGACACAUAACAAAUGUGGUAAGACCAGACGGAAGUCUGGUGAGAUCUUAACGAUCGCAUCGCCUGCGACGUCGUACGCUCAACGGGAGGAACAGAGAAAAAAAUUGAACAGCAUUCUAUUGAAUCUACUACAGAGAAUGCCGAAUAAGAAAGAUCCGUUAGAUCUGUCAUUUCUUCUAGAAAGGAACAGGCGAAAUCGGAAAAGACCUGGCGGACUUAAUCCGUGACAGUGGGUAGUAUCACAACGAUAAUAUCGUAUUGUAUAUAUAGGCUAAUCUAGAAUUACUAUUAACUUCAAUUUUAGUCAAGUAAUAGAUAGUAGUUGAUUCAGAUCGUUCUAAACUUGCUUCUGCUAAGAAUCAAGAUAAUUGUAAAUCUAUCUUUCCCCUUUCCCUCUCUUCGCCCUCUCAACAAGAAAAGUGUGAGAGAGAAGUUUCUCCUCUUCGUACAACCCGUCCAUUGAUGUAAUAUAUAAAUAUAAAUAUACAUAUACAUAUACAUAUACAUAUACAUAGUAGUCGAUGUAAUAUUUAACACAUAAACAAAAUUGUCAAUCGAUAUUUUUUUACAUUUUUUUUGUUCUUUUUUUAUAAAUAUCUUGUCAGACAAUUAGAUCCUAACGUGCAUUUUUUUUAUUUACUUUAAACUUUUUAAUUUCCAACAAUAAAAUAAGUACCGUUGUUUUAUGAUAAUAUCAAGAAUCAUGUCGCCAGCAAUUAACAGAUACUUAAAAGCUGAUUAAAUUUGGUUUAUUAUGAUUAAAAAUUUAAUGGAAGAAAAGUAAUCAAAGUUAUAUAAAACUUAAAGUCCGUAUUCGCGCUUAUAACAAUGCGCUGUUUGCGUCAUUCUAUCUUUGUUUUACAUCCAAUGAACAAUAAAAAUAGAAUAAUAUAAUAGCAUUCUAACAUCGUUAUAAGCGCAUUUGACGGAUAUUUAUGUAUAUGUAAUCGAUUCUCCCGAGAGUUGGCUCAUUGCAUUAAUAUAAUUGCGAAUCGUGAACUUGUAUAGAAAAUGUUUUGUACAUUCUUUUUCAUAUAGUUAAUACAGCUAAAUGUACAAAUUAUACGUUUUAUCAAAAGAGUAAAGUUAUGUCAGUGCGAAUGGGAAGAAUCAAUUACAUGGGAAUGUAAACACAAGCGUGUGUAUCUAAUACUUUAUAUUGCACAGAAGUAAUAUUAUAUUUUUCAUAAUCUCUCGAUAUUAUAUUUGAAUCACGUGUAACAUACUUUCUUCACUUUAUAAAAGAAUCUUUACUAAUGUAUUUAAUUUAUUGAGAUAUUGAAUAGUCGAACGCGAUCGGAUGGGUCGCAGUGAUUCCAAAAUUGUACAUAUGUGUACUCAGAACUCUAUAUUUAUUAUUGCAUUACACAGUAUGGUAGAUACAUAUGAUAAAUAUGUUCGAUACAUAUAAAUCUUACUCUUUCCUUUUUCUCAUACUAAACUAGUGUCUAUUAUAUUUAUAGAAAUUUCUAGUAUGUUUAUGUUUGUUUCAACGUAAGACGAAAGUAUUAUUAAAAGGAAUAUUAUUAACACAUUGUUCUACGCAUUCAACACGAAAUUAAUACAAGAUAUAUUUAUUUCGUCAGAAUAAAAAUAGUUUUCUUUUACAACUUCAUAUUUGGAGUAUCAGCAGAAAGUGAACUACUUAAUAUGAAAUAUUUAUUAUAUUGUGUAAUUCAAAAAUAAAAAUAAAACCUGAAGCUGGCCUUCUAUGUAAGCUAGUGUAUCGUGAAAGAGAUGCACAGAGUGUGAGGAAUUUUUGAAAAGACUUUAAAAUAAUGCUAAUCCAAUUCUAGAUUGAUUUUAACGAUUGAAUCAUAAGGACACCGAAUGGAAUGCCAUAGCCAUGCAUUUUCCAUGACAUAUAGUUGCAUCAAUUUACUCGAUUAUUUUUGCGAGAUUUUAUCCGUUAAGAACGUGUAAAAUGCAAUUUAUAUUUGUAUCAUAUUGAUAUCAAAAACAACGUUGAGGUAAAAAAGAAUCAUUGAGUACAUUGCAAUUUAUAUAUAUAUAUAUAUAUAUAUAUAUAUAUAUAUAUAUAAAAUUACGAUCAUAUACAUGGUUUUUAAUGUCAUUAACAAAUAUAAGCUUUGUAAGAUAUUCUUAAUGAUUCGAAAUUGUUUUACCAUUAUAUAUAUAUUUUUUUUAUUUGCUUCUAUUUACUCGCGCAUUGAGAUUUUACAUACAUAUAUAUAUAUAGUAAGAGUAACAUUCAUCUAUAUUGUAGAUGAACAAGUCUCUUGUCAGCUAUAUAUAAUGCCAUUAUAACUAAUAAUAACAUUAACAAUUAUAACGGCAUGUGUAUAACGAUUCUUAAUCAAAUAUCUUUAUUAAAAUCAUGUUAUAUAUUAAAAAAUAUUAAAAUAAAUUGUGUUAUUAAACAUUUCGUACAAUAUCGUAAUAUAUGAAGAGAUAUAAUUUGUAAUUGUACGGAUAAAGGACCUUUCACGCGAUUAGAUAUAAUUUUAUUCAUUUAUACUUUUAGAAAAGUUUAACGAAGCCGACAAAAGUACAAUGAUGUAUCGCAAUAAAAGAAUCAUGUUUUCCUAUUAAAGAUCGGCACACAUUUUUUUCCAGGACUAACUUUCGUCUUGCGUUUUGAAUUAUUUUUUUUAUAAUGAAGAAGCAUGAUUAUUUAUAUUUUAUAUUAAGCGAUUUUUGUUUCUGCACAUCAUGAUUAAUCGUCGUUUGAAUUGUCAUAUAUACAUAUAUUAAUGCAAUACAUUAGCGACAUUUUUCAGCUCAUUCGUAAUAGUAGCUGUGUAAUAACUUGUCUCCUGAGUUUGCUUAUAUAUAUAAUUAACACUAUUAUAAUACAUUUAGAUAUAAUCAAAAGAAAUCCUAAAAAAAUAAAGUUUGUUGCGACGACAGCUUUCAAACAUGUAGUGCAUGUACAGACUAUUGUAAUCUGACGAACAAAAAUAUACAUGAAGUUUCCUUACACAAA